ACAGCGAUUCAAUUCUGUGAUGAUUAAGUGCCACGACAAAAUAAACACGAAUAAUAAUUUUUAAUUACCCUAAGAAGACCAAUAAUCAUAAUUGUUGCAGACAAUGUUAUCAACGACGCUUAAACGAGCAAAGAAAAAUGAAUUAUUUAUCGUAAAUAUGAUGAUUAGUACACGCCGAUGCAUUAAGCGGGUCUGUAACGACAGUUUUUUUUUUUUUUUAUGACAAAUGUUGAAAACAAAUUCAAACAACUGCGAAAUACAAAGAUUAAGAAUUGUAGGCCAUGCUCAGUACAUUAAACACUCCACACUUGCGUCGAAGUUGAAAUUUACAAGCGUACUUAAAACAAGUUGGGUUACAAUUAACUACCUUGGCUACAUAAUUGCGUGGAUUCGAAUAAAAAAUGUACGGUUUUCUCGAGAAAAAGCAUAUUUGAAAUGCAAAAUCGGAUAGAUAAUUGGAAGCACGUAAUUGAUCUACGAUCGCAUAUAAAUCUGCCGCAGUUAAAACUUUGUAUAAGUGAAAAGUAUCUGAACAUUAACGUCGAGUCUCUUCUUGUUUUACGAGUUGCACGAUGACAGUUAUUAUGCGCAUGUUAUGCUUGUCGGGGAAUCACAAAGGACGAAUAUUUUCCAAAUGAAUGGAAAGCUACGCGUAAUUGUUUAUUCGCAUUCUCAAGAGAGGAAGUCGAUCGAUGCAGGGGUUGACCCAACUUCCGUUUAACGAUUCACUCACGCGCCGCGCUAACGAAACUGAAUUCGACAACGAAAAAGUGCACGUCGCGUAAUAACUGCUCGCGGAGAUAAUUGCUGCAUCGGACAUUUGUAGCGCAUGUGACUUCUGAUUAGCGUGUAACGAACCUGUCAUUGAAUUACGUGGCAGUACAGUUUUCUUUAUACUUGACUUUGGAGUCCACUAAUAUUACUUCAUCGUUAAACUAAAUCGAACCACGUUGUAUAAGAAAGAUUACUAUCGGUUAUGAUCCGAAUUGUAUGAUGAAUGUAUUGAACUGAACAGUAACCAGUCACUCGUCAUCUGGCGUACACAUUCAUCAUUGUUAGCAAACAGUUAUAAACAAAAACACACGUUUAAUUUGUAUAUUGAAAGUGUUCACUUCCCGAUUCUAGCACAACGACAAUGACAUACAGUUCGCUCAAAAUAAAAUAUAAAUAAUAUUACAAAAUAGAAACUUCGGCGACACCCUCUGUAAGGAGCCUCGGUGAGGAGACUCGAAUUCGGUUUCGAAGACGAAAAUAGAGCUGCGAUGAAGAAGAAAUUGGACGCGGACAUAUGCGAGGACGAAGGGCGGCGUUCAGCAAGUGACGUCGAACGUUUAUACGAAAGUACGAAACAGAACUGGUCGUUUGGCAAAUAUGAGAGUCAUGUGGCGUGUUCGACAACUGUGAGGAACGAGUCGAGCUGCGGGGUCGACGAGAUAUUGUGACUUAUCGCGGUUUCACGCGAAACCAGUGUCGGCGCGCUAUCGCUUGGCGAAACGUGGAAACUUGGGAGGUAUCCUUCGUUAUCGAGAGAAUCGAUGGCCAGAGAGACCAUAGUGCAAGGAGGACGAUGAGCGGGCACCUCGACUCCGAGCAGCAAAAUGACAGCGUUCCCUGAAUCAUCAGGAGACUCCCCUGUAUCCGCGUUAGUAGCCUGCGACAACCUGACGGACUUCGUGGGCUACUCCCGCGGCCUUGACCUAGCCUUCGACACGCGAGUGUACCAUAACCUCAGCGACCUCGACCAGCUGCUUCGUUAUGGCUCCUCGAACAGCGUGCCGUGCCUCGAGCACGCUCCCCAGAUGACCAACGGCACCGUCUUCAAAGUCAUCAUCCUGGGCGUAAUGGCGGUCCUCAGCUUGGCAGCGAACGCGGCGACCAUCUACUCGAUCGCGAGGAACCAUCGAAGACGGCACAGCUGGUCCACCGUCUACGCACUAAUUCUCCAUUUGGCCGUGGCCGAUUUGCUCGUCACAGUAUUUUGUAUAGGCGGCGAGGCUAUGUGGAGCUACACCGUCGAGUGGAUCUGGGGAAAUGUCGGGUGCAAACUGUUCAAGUUCAUGCAGAUGUUCAGCCUCUACCUGAGCACGUUCGUGCUGGUGCUGAUCGGGACGGAUCGAUUCAUCGCCGUGAGGUAUCCGAUGAAGGGGUUGAACGCUACUCACAGGUGCCUGAGGCUGGUCAUCCCGGCGUGGGUGCUGUCCUUCAUCCUGUCCAUUCCUCAGAUGUGUAUAUUCCACGUGGCCGAGGGUCCAUUCAUUGAAAAAUUCAACCAAUGCGUAACCCAUGGGUUUUACACGGAACCCUGGCAGGAGCAGCUGUACGUGUCCCUCAGUUUAAUUUUCAUGUUCCUGUUACCUUUAGUCAUCCUUAUCGCCACAUACGUUUCUACUGUGCUCACAAUUUCCCGUAGCGAGAGGAUGUUCAAACUAGAGUUAAGCAACAAUAACGUGCGGAGCAUGAAUGGAGACCUAAACAGGCGAAAAUUGAUGCAUCGAGCGAAAAUGAAAUCUUUGAGAAUCAGCGUCGUCAUCGUGGCCGCCUUCAUCGUUUGGUGGACUCCGUAUUAUGCGAUGAUGAUAAUCUUCAUGUUCCUUAAUCCAGACAAACACCUUAGCGAGGAAUUACAAAGCGGAAUCUUCUUCUUCGGCAUGAGCAACAGUUUAGUAAAUCCUUUGAUAUAUGGCGCGUUUCACCUAUGGCCGCGGAGGAAGCGUCAGAGAUCCUAUUACAGGGAGUUAUCUACGGUACAACGACGACUUACGCCAUCGAUCACCAGCGACAGUAGCUACAAACGCGAUCCACGAGUUACCAUCUUAUCGAAAAAUACUUCGAACACUAGUAUUUGAACAAAAUCAAACCGCGUAGGAACGAAAUUUUCAAAACAAAACAUUUUCCCAUCGAACAUUCAGACUAAGAACGGACACAUGUACAUAGCAUUAUUAUAAAAUAGGCUAUAUUAUUUUUUCGGAGUUUGGUGCGGAACUUUGAAUGUUAAUUUAUAUACAGUGUGUUUCAUGCCAACGAGUUAAAAGUAUUCUUGCGUACGUUGAACAUAAGUUAGGAUUGUUAAGUUUGUAUUAUGUUCGUAAUUUUUUACGAAUUACUUUUCUUGCAGAGGAAGUAUCGAUCUUAUACAUAAACUAAUUAUAAAUAAUGAUGUAAGUAGACGGUUCGAACAAAAAUAAAUUUAGUUGUUGACUCUGUAAAUAUUAGCAGUUAGUGUUGUGUAAAUGUAAAGUGACGAUAGAUGCGGAAUAGAUAGUCUGAAAUAGUUGUUUCAUUAAGUGUUAACAAUAAGUGGAUGAACCUAGGAUAUAAGGAUAUUAUAAACAUUAAAAUAUAUCUAUAUUAAACAUGAUUAACUGUGCAUUGUAAAAUAUGUAUAACACGUUUUUAUACGAAGAUUUCAAUUAAAUGCAUUUUUAGUAAUAUUUUAGAACGAAACGCAUAAUUUAUUUUGUAUUGUAUUACAUUACGUGUAUUAUACCUGUUAAAUUUUGAAA